AUGGCCAUACCAAACUUGAACGCACCACCAGAGGAAGAAGAGGAGUUACCUGAUCUCAACAACAAACCUGCUCAAGAAGAAGAUGAUGGUCCCUUAAAAGAUGUAGUGGCUGCAGGUGAAGGUGGGGGACCAGAAGUUUUACCUUGCCUCUUUCACCAUGCAGCAGAUCAGGAUGUCGAAGUCCAUGGAGUCCAUGGAGGGGACACCAGUACAGGACAUCACUCUGGCCUUAAUCUUCAUGAAACUGAUGAAAGUAUUUCAUCAAGGCCAUUUGAUUUAAAUGAUCAUCAAAAUGGAGGAGAACUUGCCCAUCCAUUUGAUUUAAAUGAUCAUUAUCAUGAACAACAACAACAAAACCUGCAUCCAGAGGAGUUGUUGGACUCAGAUGGUGGACAGGAUCAGCAAACACAUGGUGAGGAAGAGGAUGAUCAAGCACAUGAUGAUGAAGAGGAUGAGCAACCACAUAACGAUGAAGAUGAUGACCAACCACAUCAUGAUAAGGCUCCAUAUAGGAAGAAGGAAAUAACCGAUAGACAAAGACGAGACAUAUUUGAAGAUUUGCUUUGGACAAGUAACAAUGGCAGAUUGACAAGGAAUAGUACAACUAUUAUUGCAGCGAAGUACAAUGUCCAUAUACGUAGAGUCCAACGUGUAUGGCAGAGAGCAAAAAAAUGUUAG